AUGAUUCAUCAAACAAUGGUGGGAAUGUUAAUGCAGUUUCCUUUUGUAUUGUUUGGGGUCCUUAGUGCUUUGGUUCUGAUUCAAGCACAGGAUCAAUCAGGGUUCAUUAGCAUAGACUGUGGUCUAACUGAGGCUUCAAGCUAUUCUGAGAGGACCACAGGCAUAUUUUACAUUUCAGAUGACAAAUUUAUAGAUAGUGGUGAAAGUAUGAGUAUAACACCUGCAGAGAAGGGUAUUCAUCAACAACAGCUAGCAUAUGUGAGGAGCUUUCCCAAUGGAGUGAGAAACUGUUACAGAAUAAACGUGACAAGUGGUACUAAGUACUUAAUCCGAGCCACUUUCUUUUAUGGAAACUAUGAUGGUCUCAAUAAGCCUCCACAGUUUGAUCUUCAUCUUGGAGCUAAUUUAUGGGACACAGUGAGGUUCGACAAUGCAUCACUCAGCACAAUCAAAGAGAUCAUUUACACUCCCUCCUUGGAUUACAUAAGUCCAUGUCUGGUUAACACAGGAAGUGGGAUUCCAUUCAUUUCAGCUAUAGAAUUGAGGACUUUGGACAGGAAUUCCUAUUCCACUGCCUUAGGUGAAUCAUUGGCAUACAUCUGGCGAUAUGAUUUUGGUUCCAUCACCAACUUAGAGUACAGGUACAAAGAUGAUGUUUAUGAUCGCAUCUGGGUGCCUCAUGGAUUUAACAAGUGGACACAGUUAAGCAGCACACUUAAUCCAGUUGAUCUAUUCCAGAAUAAUUACAAGCCACCAGAAGUUGUCAUGAGCACUGCCGCUACACCAAUAAGUGCUAGUGUUCCUUUUGAGUUCUAUUGGUAUUCAGAUAAUGUGAAUGAGAAUUUCUACAUCUACAUGCACUUUAAUGAAGUGGAAAUGCUGGCAAAUAGUAGAACUAGAACAUUCAAUAUCUUCUUGAAUGACAAGUUAUUCUAUGGACCUGUGGCUCCUGAAUAUCAAACGACAUCUACCAUUUUUAGUAAAGAAGCAACGACUGGAUUCACAAGGUACAUACUUUCUCUUGUUAAGACAGAGACUUCUACCCUUCCACCCAUCAUUAAUGCCGUGGAGAUUUAUAAAGUAAUAGAUUUUCCACUAUCAGAAACUGAACAAGAUGAUGUUGAUGCUAUCACAAACAUCAAAAGCGCUUAUGGGGUGGAUAGAAAUUGGCAAGGAGAUCCAUGUCACCCAGUGGCAUACAUUUGGAAAGGUCUAACUUGUAGAUUUCAUGGUGAUUACACUCCAAGAAUCACAUCCUUGAAUUUGUCUUCUAGUGGCCUGACCGGGCUGAUAUCAUCUUCCAUCUCCGAGCUCACUAUGUUACGCUACUUGGAUUUAUCAAACAAUCGUUUAAGUGGGCCAGUGCCUGAUUUUCUGACACAAAUGCAAUCACUUGAGGUCUUAAACUUGUUUAAUAACAACCUUACUGGUUCAGUUCCCAGAGGACUUAUUGAUAGAUCAAAGGAAGGUUCACUAUCAUUGAGCUCUUUUGGAAAAGCUCUGACUUAUGCUUGUAUGAAUUAUACUAGCUUGGGGCAAAAUCCAAAUCUUGUAUGUGAAUCUGCUCCAUGCAUCCAGCAGACAAAUAACCAGCAGCCAGAUGAUGAUGAUGAUCAAAAGAAGAACAAAAAUAAUAUAGUUAUUCCUGUAGUAGCAUUUGUUGCUGGGAUUUUGGUGCUCCUAAUAAUUGUUGCAGCAGCUAUAAUCUAUGGCCUUAAAAGGAGAAAACCACAUGCAUCUGCGAACAUUGAUGUUGAGACCAAUAUUCCAAAUGGAUCACAAUUUGAACCCAAGCAACGACAAUAUACGUUCGACGAUCUUGUUAAGAUCACCAACAACUUUACCAGAAUUCUUGGUAGAGGUGGAUUUGGGAAUGUUUAUCAUGGAUCUAUUGAAGACACUCAAGUAGCUGUUAAGAUGCUUUCUCCAUCAUCAGUACGAGGAUACGAACAAUUUCUAGCAGAGGCAAGUGGAAAAAGUGGCAGUGCAAAGUUCUUAACGUGGGAAGAUAGACUCCAAAUAGCAUUGGAUGCUGCCCAAGGACUUGAAUAUCUGCAUAAUGGUUGUAAACCAGCCAUAAUCCACAGAGAUGUGAAGAGUGCAAAUAUUCUAUUAAAUGAAAACUUCCAGGCAAAAUUGGCUGAUUUUGGCCUAUCCAAAAGCUUUCCAACAGAUGGAGGCACACAUUUGUCCACAGUUGUUGCUGGAACUCCCGGAUAUUUGGAUCCAGAGUACAGCUUAUCAAGCAGAUUGACAAAGAGAAGUGAUGUUUACAGCUUUGGAGUUGUUCUUUUGGAGAUGGUUACAGGUAAGCCAGCUAUAUCAAAACCACCUGAGAAGACUCACUUAAGUGAUUGGGUUAGCUCCAAUCUUUCUAAUGGGGAUAUAAAGAAUAUUGCUGACUCAAGGUUACAAGAAGAUUUUGACAUUAACUCAGUAUGGAGAGUAAUUGAAAUAGGAAUGGCUUCUGUGUCCACUAGACCUGCCAAAAGGCCAAGUAUGAGGGAUGUAGUGAACGAACUAAAAGAGUGUUUGACUACAGAAUUGGCUCGAAAAUAUAGUGGUCGUGACACUGAAAGCAAUGACUUAAUUGAGUUGGCCUCUCUGAAUUUCACAACAGAAAUUGUUCCCCCAGCCUGA